CCAAGAUGCCAAGAACUCCAUGGCUAAGAGCUAGAAAACAGCUGUCCACAGUAAACCUAAGUUCAUCUACCCCAAUGCAGACACGUGUAAGGCUGCAGAGUACAUUGCAGUUUCCCAUAUAGAGUUUGGCCUUCAGAUCAAGCCAGUGGAAUCAUUUGGAGUGAGCAGCAAAGCCAUAUCCAAUUAAGCAUUUUCUUCAGUAUGCCAAUGAAGAAUGUGAGAGAGGACACCAGAGAUAGCCAGAUCAGCGGCUUCUCUGAGUUCUCUAAACCACAAUGCUCUGGCAAACUGAUCAAUCCCAAUGAGCCCAAUUCUGGGUUUCAGGGGAAAAUCAUGUUUGACAGCUCUGAUAGUGAGAGUUUCUAUGAAAGGCUAGGCAAGUUGAAUGAGUCACUUGGAUACAAUCUUGUCUUUGAUGUCAGACAAACCAAACUGAAUCUGCAUCUCUUUUACAAGGAAGUCACUCUCAGGGGAGGCUUUAAUCAGGUGAACAAAGAUAGGAGAUGGGAUGAGAUUGCAUCCUCUUUGAAAUUGGAUGGGAGGAAUCUCAAUUAUCCAGAUAUUCUUCUAAAGCUUUAUGCACUCUUUCUGUUUCAUUAUGAACAGAUUUACUUUUAUAGGGGACCUGAGAAAGUGGCUUCAACACCAGAUCUCACUAUUGAUAUUGAGGAUAGCCCCCGAAUGGAAAUGAAGUGCACCAAUCAUUCAUCUCAAAUGGUAACAAAUGUUGAAGAUGGGCCUGGAGAGAAGAAGAUGCUCAAGGAGAGCUGUUCUCAAUCAAUGUCGACAGGUAUAUACGGUUCGGCGUCUGCAGAAAAACAAUCAGCACCAGAAGCAGAACAGAAGCAUAUCCCCCAGCUGCACUCAGAGAAAGAAGAGAUAUGGACAAAAGAUAUGCACUCAUCGGCAGAAAACCAACUAGCAGUACCCGAAGCAGCACAGGAGCAGACCCCCAAGCUGCACCCGAAGAAAAAAGAGAUGAGGAAAAGAGGUUCAGCAUCAGCUGAAAAACAGUUGGCUGUACCCAGGAAAAAAGGGAUGAAGAAGCCAGGUGCUCGACAAGGGAUACGCAGUGGUUACCACAUCUUUAUCAAGACAGAAUGUGGGAGAUUAAAAAAAAUUCAAUCUAAUAAAGGCCAGAAUCUCCGACAACUGGCCAAUGAUGCAUGGAAUCAGCUAUCUGAGGCUGAGAAACAGCCCUUCCUUGAGCAAAGUAUCAAGGAAAAGGAAAGCUUAGCUAACAAAGUGGCUGUUGAUGAUGAACAAAACCAUGUCAUGGAAAGUGCUGAUUUGGAGAACAAGCAGGCUUCGCCGGAUGGUGACUACCAUGUGAUUUUGGAUCCAAGUGAUGCAGAAAAAUCUAUUGAGGUAAAUUAAUCAUCAGUCGACCCAAUAGUACAAACAGAGUACUGGGAUAACUCAUGGAGAUAACUUGGGAGCGACUAAUUUUCAAAAAUAUGGAAGGUGCUUUUGUAUCCAUGGGGAGAUGGAUUCUUGUACAUAUCCUAUGGGCCUAUGGAAAUUUUAUUGCAUAUGGAUGUUGUAGGAGUUUCUGUAUAGUUUGUUAACGUGUUCCCCUCUUAACUAAUGACUGUGCUAGCCUCUAGGCUAAUAUUUUU